UAUGAAGUUGAAGAGCUGCGACGGAAGAAGGAGAUCACCAUUCGGGGCAUGGAGGGCUGCCCCAAACCCGUGUUUGCCUUCCACCAGUGUAGCUUUCCACAGUAUGUGAUGGAUGCCUUGAUGGACCAGAACUUUACGGAGCCCACUCCAAUCCAGUGCCAAGGCUUUCCGCUGGCGCUCAGUGGUCGUGACAUGGUGGGCAUUGCACAGACUGGCUCUGGGAAGACACUGGCAUACUUGUUGCCUGCAAUUGUUCACAUCAACCACCAGCCGUAUUUGGAGAGAGGGGAUGGCCCAAUUUGUCUGGUUCUGGCACCUACUAGAGAGUUGGCCCAGCAAGUGCAGCAGGUGGCUGAUGAUUAUGGCAAGUGUUCAAGACUGAAGAGUACCUGCAUAUAUGGAGGAGCACCCAAAGGCCCCCAGAUCAGAGAUCUAGAAAGAGGUGUGGAGAUCUGCAUUGCUACACCAGGUCGCUUGAUUGACUUCCUGGAGGCUGGAAAGACCAACCUGCGUCGGUGUACGUACCUGGUGCUGGACGAGGCAGACAGAAUGUUGGACAUGGGAUUUGAACCCCAGAUUCGUAAAAUUGUUGACCAGAUCAGACCUGACCGGCAGACUCUGAUGUGGAGUGCCACCUGGCCAAAGGAGGUGCGCCAGCUUGCUGAGGACUUCCUGCAGGACUAUGUGCAGAUCAAUGUGGGAAACCUGGAGCUGAGUGCCAACCACAAUAUCCUACAGAUAGUGGAUGUGUGCAUGGAAAGUGAGAAAGACCACAAGCUGAUACAACUGAUGGAAGAAAUCAUGGCAGAGAAGGAAAACAAGACUAUCAUCUUUGUGGAGACAAAGAGGCGAUGUGAUGAUCUCACCCGAAGGAUGCGCAGAGACGGUUGGCCAGCUAUGUGUAUCCAUGGAGACAAGAGUCAGCCAGAGAGAGAUUGGGUGCUUAAUGAGUUUCGUUCUGGAAAGGCUCCUAUCCUCAUUGCUACCGACGUGGCAUCUCGUGGGCUAGACGUGGAAGAUGUAAAAUUUGUGAUAAACUACGACUAUCCGAACAGCUCCGAAGAUUAUGUGCACCGCAUUGGCCGUACGGCACGUAGUACCAACAAAGGUACUGCCUACACCUUCUUCACACCAGGAAACCUGAAACAAGCCAGGGAGCUUAUCAAGGUGUUGGAAGAAGCCAAUCAAGCCAUCAAUCCAAAGCUGAUGCAGCUUGUGGACCACAGAGGAGGAGGAGGUGGUGGUGGAGGAGGUCGUUCUCGUUACCGAACGAGCAGUUCAGUAAACAACCCUAACCUGAUGUACCAGGAAGAGUGUGACAGGAGGCUCCGGGGAGUGAAAGAGGGCCGGAGAGACUCAGGUGGCUUCAGAGACCGUGAGCGUGCUGACAGUUACGCCAACGGAGCCAACAAGACCUAUGGCGCUGCC